AGAGAGAGAGAGAGAGAGAGAGAGAGAGAGAGAGAGAGAGAAUCCGCACAUCAAAGCUACCACUUUUUUCCCCCUCUUUUUCCCCCAUUCUAGGAUCCAAUGAUAACUGGACAAGUCAGUAAGCUCUUGUUGUCAGUGCAGAGUGAAAUGAAUGCAGAGUUGAGAGGUGAGGACAAGGCAGCUGCUUCAGACGACGAGCUGGAUAAGUCCCUGCUUGAGCCUGUGGAAUCAAAUGACAACGAGGACGCUCCCAGCAAGCUCUUCGGAGCCAGAAGAAAUACAGUGCUGUGCGAUACAAAUAUUUCUGACCAGCACCAAUCCAGUAAAUCCCAUACAACAUUCCCUGUUGUAUCCCAGCCAUUGUUGACAGCUCAGCAGUUAGCCUCAGCUGUAACUGGAGUGAUGCCAGGAGCCCCUCCAGCACUGAAUCAACCUAUUCUGAUACCCUUCAACAUGGCUGGACAGUUGGGUGGUCAGCAAGGUCUUGUCCUGACUUUACCUACUGCUAACCUCACCAACAUUCAAGGGCUUGUAGCAGCAGCUGCAGCAGGAGGCAUCAUGACAUUGCCACUGCAAAAUCUACAAGCUACCUCAUCCCUGAAUUCCCAACUCCAGCAGCUCCAGCAUCUUCAACAAUUCCAGCAGCAGCAGCAGCAGCAGCAGCAACAACAACAACAACAGCAGCAACAGCAGCAGCAGCAGCAGCAGCAGCAGAGCCAAAUUAGCCAGCAAGCACAGGGACAAGCUAGUCAAUCCCAGCAGCAACCAACACAGCCACAACUGCCUCAACAGCAACAGCAUCCUCCACCUCCACUACCACUAUCACAGCAACAGCCUCAGAAUCAAAAUCCACCAGCUCCAGCUCACCAAACUUCAAGCUCCCCCAUAAAGACCAACCUACCUCCAGGUCAUGGUCUUCCCUCUUCACUCACAUCCUCAAACCCCCUCCAGCUGGUUAAUAAUCCUCUGGCAAGUCAAGCAACAGCCGCAGCAGCAGCCGCCGCCAUGGGCUCAAUAGCUAACUCACAAGCUUUUGGCAAUGUACUCUCCAGUCUUCAGGGGGUCACAGGUCAACUAGUCACUAAUUCACAAGGACAGAUUAUUGGAACCAUUCCACUAAUGCCUAAUCCAGUCUCAUCCAAUCAAGCAGCAGGAGGAGCUCAGGGCCUUCAAGUACAGCCAAUUACACCACAGUUACUGACCAAUGCCCAAGGUCAAAUCAUUGCAACAGUAAUUGGAAACCAGAUAUUGCCAGUAAUCAACACACAAGGAAUCACAUUGUCACCUCUCAAGCCAGGCCAACAACUUCAUCAGCCCUCUCAAGCACAAGUAGGGCAAGCAGCCUCACAGACCAGUCUUCUACACCUGACUCAUAGUCAAGCAUCUAUAUCUCAAAGCCCAGUGCGCCAGGCUUCCUCUUCCUCCUCCUCCUCUUCCUCCUCCUCUUCAGCUUUGAGUGUUGGCCAAUUAGUCAACAAUCCCCAAAUAGCCUCUAGUGAGGUGGAUGGGGUGAAUCUUGAAGAAAUACGAGAAUUUGCCAAAGCUUUUAAAAUCCGACGCCUGUCUCUUGGUCUCACUCAGACACAAGUCGGUCAAGCUCUAAGUGCCACAGAGGGUCCAGCCUACAGCCAGUCUGCCAUCUGCAGACACACCAUCCUGAGAAGCCACUUUUUCCUACCACAGGAAGCCCAAGAGAACACUAUAGCUAGCAGUCUGACAGCCAAACUGAACCCUGGCCUUUUGUAUCCUGCCAGGUUUGAAAAGCUGGACAUCACCCCUAAAAGUGCCCAGAAGAUAAAGCCGGUGCUUGAACGAUGGAUGGCUGAGGCUGAGGCCCGCCAUCGAGCAGAAAGGAAACAAUAAUAAUUAAAGGACUUUCUUUCCCCCUGCACCUUCUCACACAUACCCAGCACUUUUCUCCCUUCUCUGCAAAUCCAUGAGAUGCACUACAUAACGAGAUAUACAGCUUUGUCACAAACUUCUGCAUUGCAUCACUGUAUAAGCAGCAUCGCUUCAGUGUUUGAGACAGUAUCAUGCCAAAAAUGCUUACAUGUUGAGUGUACAGGUUCAAAUGAACAGAAAAAUAUCAAAUUCAUUUAGAACUUUGCAAUUUAUAAUCACACAAAGAAGUAAAUAAACAAAGAAAGGAAAAAGGAGCUAAGAAGGAAUAAGUAGAGGCAUGUCAAAGUACUCAAGCUAUAACCAAAAAGAAAUAUGUAUAAUGCCUUUGCUCGUCUUCUCAAAGCUGGACCAAAGCCCAUUGUAUGGUAUAUGCACAUUGUAUAGAUAUGGCUAAAUGUUGCUGACAAUCUUGCAAUACUAAACUGUUACUGUUUAAAAAAAAAACUGUUCAUCAAUGUUUUACCUCAGCACUCUACUUGUACCCAGUUCAUGAGCAACACUGAAUUAAUUUAAAAUAAAAAUAGAAACUAAUUUCCAUGUAAAUGUUUAACUGUAAGAAAAAAUGUCUCAGUAACAUUUUGUAUUAAGCUUUAUGUCAUGUAGUUUGCUUGUUUCCAGUUUGAACUUAUAUGGGGCACAUUGUUUUAUUUAUUGUUGAGAAAGUGUUUCUUUUUUAACUUUAAUUAAUUUAAAGUUCCACAGCUUUACAAGCAUCCCAAACUGUUGUCAAAUUACUUCCCUUAAGUUAAAAAAGAAAUAAUUUCAUUUAACUAUAGUAUAAAUUAACUUAUAAUUUAUAUUAUAUAUUUAUAUAUUGGUCUUAUAUGUUACUGGGUGCAGUACAGAAAUAUGACUGCUGCAUAUCCUCCCUUAAUUUUAAUGGCACUUCUGCAAGGUUCCAGAGCCUGCUCCCUUGAAGAGAAUGGAGGCCAUGUAGCAAUAUGAUAUAGUAUAGCUCCCAAAAUCUACUGGAUGGUCACCAGGGUCGCUUAUGAAGCAUGCAAAAGAGAUCUGCUUUUCAUUCAGAAUACAUGCAUCAGGAAAGAUGGCAGAGACUGUGAUGGAAUGUAUUGGAUUCUUCAUUUUUGUUUUUAAAGAAAAAAGAAAGAAAGAAAUUAAUAUGGAGAACUUGUGACCAAGAAGCCAAAUGGUUAUUUCAAACUCCUUAUCUAUUCUGACUUUGAAACCAAAGCUGAUUUAUCUGCACAGAUUGCUUAACAUUAAAAAAAAAAAAAUGAACUGACAGAAACUGUACUUUAGAGCAAUAUCUGUAUGGUCAGUAAAGCUGCACUUUGUGUAUUUCUUAAUAGCUUCAGAUCUGUCACUUUUAAUUUAUACCAUUAAAAAAAUAAAGAAUUGUUUGACAUGAAAAAUAA